GUCACGUGGUCUGACGAGUCGCUUGUGCCGAAUUUGCCUCUGGCUUCUCGCGGGGUACUUUGGCUUUGCUCCAACAAGCCGCACUCGCCAGUUGCUAAUACAUGAUAGAGCCGAUUGGUUGAGUUAGAAAUGGAUCCAAAAUCGCUUUUACCUAUUGUUGAGCAUUGCGACAAUUUCAGUGUGCGAGGAACCACUGAAAUCCUUGUCCCAUUCUACGUCACUCCACCAGAGGGCGUCGAGAUCAUUAUUGGAUGGAUUCGAGCUCCCGUAUUUCGCACCUUUCUGGAGACAGGGAAAGCUGUAUUCGACGUGUCAGAAUCCGGCGUUCGUUUUGUUUCUGAGCUUGACUCAUUCGAAAAGCGCAACGUAGCGCUUGCUACGCUAUGUGAAAUGUGGCACAGAAGUGGGUUCUUCAGCGACAUCAUCGGCGGAAGGCUCUGGAGGAACGAGCUUUAUCCAAUCUACUACAACCCAUUCAAAAGGAGAUUUAAUGUAGAUAUCGCGUUUGUUCUUGAGCGUACUUGCUGCACUAUCUUCGGGCUCGUGACGCAUGGUUGUCAUAUGACAAUGUACUUAGAAGGGGAGCAAAAAAUAUGGGUUCCAACCAGGGCGAAAACAAAACAAACCUGGCCAGGGUACCUAGACAACUCCGCUGCCGGUGGAAUACCGUAUGGGUUGACUCCAACUGAGGCGCUCGUAAAAGAGUGCUUGGAAGAGGCCUCACUUGAGGAAAAUUUUGUCCGUGAAUACGUCCGAGCUGCUGGUGCAAUAUCCUAUUUCUACCAAACAUCCAAUGGAUGGCUUCAACCAGAGGUGCAAUAUGUCUACGAUUUGGUUGUGCCAGCAGGUGUAAAUGCGCCAGAACCGAAGCCUUCAGAUGGUGAAGUGGAGCAUUUCGAGCUUCUUUCAAUAGACCAUGUUCUAGACCGGCUUGGGAACGGCUUGUUCAAGCCAAACUGCGCUUUGGUCCUAAUAGACUUUUUUAUCCGCCAUGGUCACAUCACUCCUGAAUUAGAACCGAACUUUCUCGAGAUCCUGACAAGGAUCCAUGGUCGAUUUGGUUAUUGACAAUCGCUAGCAUGCAAUAGUGAGGACAUCGGAGUAGGUUUGGUGGGAAGGGUUCCAAAUAUAUGUAUACUGCUCUCAUCUAGGGCAUGCAUGCAUUAUGUUACGAUAAUAAGUCCCAAAGUCUGACGCCGAUUUAGAUACAAUUGUACAAUGCCCUGUCAAUAGGAGGAGAAUACUAAGUAUAUAUGAUACACACGAAUAAAAAGACAGC